UACUACUAACAUACAAGAUCCACCACUAGAGCCGGCCACCACACUUUCGCGGCCGCCGCCGCCGAUACCACCUCUGACCCCCCAAAAUCACUAAUGAACACUAAAGGCACAUUUUAUGGAGUAUUAUCCCCUUCAUGAGCUUGGGUUUAAGAGAACCCAUCUUGAUCACAAUCACCACCACUAUAGACCACCGCCGCGUUAAGCAGAGCCGGGAGGUGAAAGUCCCAGCUCCGGUAAGUGAAAGAACACUCUUCACCACACAACACUCAAGUUUUUUUGUUCACAUGCCAUUGGUUUUUGGAAAACACGUAGUGUGAGUUUUAAGCAUCCCCACCACCACCACAAAAUCCUCACUCUCAGUCACAUGCUUCUUGUUCCACCCAAAGACCUAGACUAGUAGACUACCACUUCCUCCACCACCAACACAACCACCUCCACCACCACCACCACCACCACCACCAAAAUCCCAAACCCUUCAAAACCUCUUUGGUAACCUUCACUUUCUAAGCACACAUGGGAAAACCAACCCCUUUUCCUAGUCAAUUUCCCCUGUUCUUCUUCUUCUUCCUCUUGUGGACAACAGUAGCACCACUACUGGUGACCUCUCUCUCUCCUGAUGGCAUAACCCUUCUCUCACUCCUCUCAUCUUCCGACCCUAACUCCAGAUCCCCUAUCCUCUCCUCUUGGAACCCAUCAAACUCCACACCCUGUUCAUGGCAGGGGAUAACCUGUUCUCCACAAAACAGGGUUAUUUCACUCUCCAUCCCAAACACAUUCCUCAACCUCUCCUUCCUCCCCUCACAGCUUUCCUCUCUCUCCUCUCUCCAACUCCUCAACCUCUCCUCCACCAACAUCUCCGGCCCAAUCCCCCCUUCUUUUGGUUCCCUCUCCUCUCUCCGCCUCCUUGACCUCUCUUCCAAUUCCCUCUCCGGUCCCAUUCCUCUCGAACUCGGCCUCCUCGGCGUUUCACUCCAGUUCCUAUUCCUCAAUUCCAACCGAUUAUCUGGUCAAAUCCCACUACAACUUGCUAAUCUCUCCUCACUACAAGUCCUCUGCCUCCAAGACAAUGUGCUUAACGGCUCCAUUCCCUCUCAACUUGGCUCAUUAUUGUCCCUCCAGCAGUUUAGGGUUGGUGGAAACCCUUUUUUAACCGGUCAAAUCCCACCACAGUUAGGGUUACUCACAAAUCUCACCACAUUCGGGGCGGCGGCCACCGGACUCUCCGGUGUCAUUCCACCCACGUUUGGAAACCUAAUAAAUCUCCAAACCCUAGCUCUUUAUGACACCGACGUGUUUGGUUCUGUCCCACUUGAACUAGGGUUGUGUUCAGAGUUAAGGAACUUGUACUUGCACAUGAACAAACUCACUGGUACAAUCCCACCUCAACUGGGUAAGUUGCAAAAACUCACUAGCUUGCUUAUGUGGGGGAAUGCACUCACUGGUUCAAUCCCAUCUGAGAUCUCCAACUGCUCAUCCCUUGUUGUAUUUGAUGUCUCUGCCAACGAUUUAACCGGUGAAAUCCCGAUUGAGUUGGGGAAUCUAACAGUCCUUGAGCAACUUCAUUUGUCCGAUAAUUCUCUUACGGGUCUGAUUCCAUGGCAAUUGAGUAACUGCACUAGUCUUACAACACUUCAGCUGGAUAAGAACCAGUUAUCUGGUCCUAUUCCAUGGCAAAUUGGCUACUUGAAGCUAUUGCAGACCUUCUUCUUGUGGGGAAACUCGGUUUCCGGUACGAUACCAUCCUCCUUUGGGAAUUGUUCGGAACUCUACGCGCUCGAUCUUUCAGGUAACAAACUCACCGGGCAAAUUCCAGAAGAGCUAUUUGGCUUAAAGAAGCUAAGCAAGCUACUUCUGUUGGGGAACUUCUUAUCGGGUGGACUGCCUAAAAGUGUAGCCAAUUGCCAAUCUUUGGUCAGAUUGAGGCUUGGGGAAAACCAGCUUUCCGGUCAGAUUCCCAAAGAGUUGGGGGAACUGCAGAAUCUUGUGUUUCUUGAUUUGUAUAUGAACCAUUUUUCAGGCGGUUUGCCUUAUGAGAUCGCUAAUAUCACAGUUCUAGAGCUUCUGGAUGUGCACAACAAUUACAUAACAGGAGAAAUACCGUCUCAGCUAGGGGAGCUAGUGAACUUGGAGCAACUUGAUCUCAGCAGAAACAGCUUCACCGGUGAAAUUCCCCUUGCUUUUGGUAAUUUUAGUUACUUGAACAAGCUCAUUCUCAACAAUAAUUUGCUUACUGGAUCCGUGCCAACAUCCAUUCGGAACCUGCAGAAAUUAACUCUUCUUGAUUUGAGCUUCAAUAGUCUCUCGGGUGGAAUCCCACCCGAGAUUGGCUAUGUCUCAAGCUUAACCAUUAGUUUGGACUUGAGCUCAAAUGGGUUUACAGGCGAAAUCCCUGAGACUUUCACUGGUUUGACGCAAUUACAAUCGCUUGAUCUUUCACGUAACAUGCUUAACGGAAGCAUUUCGGUUCUGGGUUUCCUUACUAGUCUCACUUCGUUAAAUCUCUCGUACAACAAUUUCUCUGGUCCAAUUCCUGUGACACCCUUUUUUCGAACCUUAACUCCUAAUUCGUUCCUGAAGAACCCGAACCUUUGUGAAUCCUUCGAUGGGUCCACUUGUUCUUCGCGGUUGGGUCGCAGAAGUGGGGUUAAAUCCGCCAAAACCGUAACUUUGGUAGCAGUAAUCCUAGCUUCUGUUACAAUUGCAAUCGUUGCAUCAUGGAUUCUGGUGACCCGGACCCACAAGUACGCCAUUGAAAAAUCCUUGGGGCUAUCAGCCUCAUCAUCAGGGGCUGAGGAUUUUUCUUAUCCGUGGACUUUCAUUCCGUUUCAGAAGCUCAAUUUCUCCAUUGACAACAUCUUGGGAUGCCUAAACGACGAAAAUGUGAUUGGAAAGGGUUGUUCUGGAGUUGUUUACAAGGCAGAAAUGACUGGUGGCGAGUUGAUCGCAGUGAAAAAGCUAUGGAAAACGAAGAAGGACGAAGAACCGGCUAUGGACUCUUUUGCUGCAGAAAUUCAAAUUCUAGGACACAUAAGGCACCGGAACAUAGUGAAGCUCCUAGGGUACUGUUCCAAUAAGAGUGUUAAGCUCCUUCUCUACAAUUACAUAUCCAACGGUAAUUUGCAGCAACUGCUGUUGGGUAACAGGAAUUUGGAUUGGGAAACUAGGUAUAAGAUUGCAGUUGGAUCAGCUCAGGGUCUUGCUUAUCUUCAUCACGAUUGUGUUCCAGCAAUCCUCCACAGAGAUGUGAAGUGUAAUAAUAUACUCUUGGAUUCCAAGUUCGAGGCUUACUUGGCCGAUUUUGGACUGGCGAAGCUGAUGAAUUCACCGAAUUACCACCACGCAAUCUCCAGAGUAGCCGGGUCUUACGGGUAUAUUGCACCAGAAUAUGGUUAUACUAUGAACAUAACAGAGAAGAGCGACGUUUAUAGCUAUGGAGUGGUUUUGUUGGAGAUUCUAAGCGGGCGUAGUGCUGUUGAGCCCCAGAUUGGUGACGGACUUCACAUCGUGGAGUGGGUGAAGAAGAAGAUGGGAAGCUUUGAACCGGCUGUUACGAUUCUUGAUUCAAAGCUCCAAGGGCUGCCUGAUCAGAUGGUGCAAGAAAUGCUUCAAACACUUGGAAUUGCAAUGUUUUGCGUCAAUUCAUCGCCAGCCGAACGGCCCACCAUGAAGGAAGUGGUGGCAUUGUUGAUGGAAGUGAAGAGUCCAGCUGAGGAGUGGGGGAAAACUUCACAACCUCUAAUAAAGCAGUCCUCAAACCAGAGAUGACUUUUUCUGUUUUUCUUUCCUUUUUUUUUUCCUUCUGAUCAUGGAGUUAGAGAUUGCAUUUCUUUUGUUCCCCAAAGAUAGGAAGUAGUUUUAUUUGUGGGGAAUGAGAGGGGGAGAGAUGUGGGUGUUGUCUGUAUUCUUGUAUUUGGAUAAGUUUCUUGUACAGUUGUUAGAAACAUAAAUGUAGUAAUUUGCUUCAUGUUUAA